CCUUCCCACCAGGCACUUCCUUCCUUUUCCCCGAACGUCCAGGGAGGGAGGGCCGUGCGCUUAUAAACUCGCGCCCCAGCCGCCCAGCAUGUCAGACGCUGCCGCGCAGGGGCUGCGCGCCGCAGCCACAAGCGUCCGAAUGGGACUGCGCGCAGCGACGGCCCCGGCCCCGGCCCCGAAGCAGCGCCCGCGCCUUCCCAGGAGCCCGCACCCGGUGCGCCCCGGCGGCAUGCUCCGCGUCUUCCUGGCGCUGGGCGCACUGGCCCCAGCCGGCCGGGCGCUCCCGACGCACGCAGAGUUGCCGCAACCCGUUGGCAGCCAGUGUGUGGAGCACGACUGUUUCGCCCUUUUCCGAGGCCCCGCAACCUUUCUCGCGGCCAGCCAAACUUGCGAGCGCCGGCGCGGCCACCUGAUGACCGUGCGCUCCUCAGUGGCUGGGGAUGUCAUCUCCUUGCUGCUCAGCGGCGACAGCACAAGCCUCUGGAUCGGCCUGCAGCUUCCUCCCGGCUGCAGCGACCCUACGCAUCUCGGGCCCCUGCGCGGCUUUCAGUGGGUGACAGGCGACAACCGCACCAGCUACAGCAGGUGGGCCCGGCUCGACGGUAGCGGCGGGGUGCCCCUGUGCGGCCCUCUGUGUGUUACGGUCUCCGCCGCCGCCGCCGGAGUCGCCGCACCCGGCGAGCCGGCGUGGGAGGAGCAGCCGUGUGACGCCGAGGCCGACGGCUUCCUCUGCGAGUUCAACUUCGCGGCCUCCUGCAGGCCCCUGGUGGUGCAGGCCGGCGUCGCGGCGGACGCGCACUUCUCUAGUACCUACAAUACACCGUUUGGCGGCCAAGGCGCUGACUUCCAGGCGCUGCCAGUGGGCAGCUCGGCCAUCGUGUCGCCCCUGGACUUGGAGCUCACGUGCGCUGUGCCUCCCGGAGCCGCCGAAGGGAGCUGGGACCGGGAAUCCCCUGGCGCCUGGGACUGCAGCGUGGAAAACGGUGGCUGCCAGUUCGCGUGCAACGCGAGCGCGGGAGCUCCCCACUGCUUGUGCCCUACGGACACCACAAUGCGCGCUGACGGGCGCUCGUGCGCAGCGACGGCGAUGGCGGUGACCACGGUGACACCAUGUGAAGCCCUGUGCCAGCAUUUCUGCGUUCCCACCCCUAACGCGCCCUUCUACUCCUGCAUUUGCGAUACUGGCUACCGGCUGGCAGCAGAUGGGCACCACUGCGAGGACAUCGACGACUGUGCCCAGGAGCCCAACCCGUGUCAGCAGCGCUGCAUCAACACUAAAGGCGGGUUUGAAUGUCACUGCGACCCGGGCUUCGAGCUGGUGGACGGCGUGUGCGUGAAGGACCCGUGCCUCGCCGCCGACUGCGAGUACCAGUGCCAGCAGGUGGGCGCCAACGACUACCGUUGCAUCUGCUCUGAUGGUUUCAUGCCCGUCCCCAACGAGCCACACCGCUGUCAGAUGUUCUGCAACAACACUGCUUGCCCUGCCAUCUGUGACACCGACAAGAAUGGGCACACUUGCAUGUGUCCCGAAGGAUUUAUUCUUGACGACGGGGACAUGUGCGCCGACAUCGACGAAUGCGCCAGCGACCAAUGCCAGGGCGAGUGCCGUAACCUUCCUGGCAGCUACGAGUGCGUGUGUGGGCCCGACACGCCCCUGGCCGGCCAGAUCAGCACGGACUGCUAUCCGGAUCAGACGAGCAGCCGUGAGGUCGGCGGUAGACUUGGCAACGAAGACGGCUCCGGAGAGCUGCCCGGCCCCACGCCCGGUGCCACCUUGACCGUGCCGCCUGCCAGGCCGGUGCACUCGGGCGUGGUCAUCGGGACCUCCAUUGCCAGCCUGUCCCUGGUGGUGGCGCUAUUGGCGCUCCUUUGCCACCUGCGCAAGAAGAAGGGUUCCAAGCGCAGUGAGCUGGAGUACAAGAGCGGCUCCCCGGGCAAGGAGGUGGUGCUGCAGCAGGUGCGGACAGAGAACACACCACAGAAAUUGUGCUAAGGCGCGGACCGGGCAGCCCCAGACUCCUCUCACCUGUGCACCCACCAGUCCCCUCGCCCCUCUGGAACCCCGCCCCCCACCUGGCACCCUGGCUC